GUGGUGCUGGUGGUCUCAGAAUAAAAUUCAUAAUACCAAAGAAUUUGAGUUGAAACUUCUUGCUGCUGAUUAUACAUUCCGCCAUGAUUGUGCUUGUGCUGCUAGUGGGUACCCUGCCCGCCCUGGUGCCGGUGUCCGCUGAUUACUUCCCCUUCAUGAAUGAUUCGCUGUCGUGGGAUAAGCGACUGGAUGACCUCAUGUCCCGUUUUACCCUGGAUGACAUGACCUUACAGAUGGCGCGGGGUGGGUCGUUUCUCAACGGGCCAGCCCCGCCAAUCCCACGGUUGGGCAUCGGGCCAUAUGACUGGGACACGGAGUGCUUGCGUGGCGAUGCUAUGGCUGGGAACGCCACAUCCUAUCCUCAGGCUCUGGGUCUGGCUGCAUCAUUCAGUACGCAAUUGCUUCACGAUGUCGCCCAGGCAACAGGACAGGAAGUUCGAGCCAAGCACAACAACUUGACACAGCAUGGUAUCUACAAAACCCACGGUGGCCUGAGCUGUUUUAGUCCUGUCAUCAACAUCAUGAGACAUCCACUGUGGGGCCGCAACCAGGAAACAUACGGUGAGGAUCCAUUUCUCAGCGGGGAGAUGGCCAGAGCUUUUGUGACCGGUUUACAAGGAAACGACUCCCGUUACGUCCUGGCCAACGCUGGCUGCAAACACUUCGAUGCCUAUGCAGGACCUGAAAACUACCCAGUGUCUAGACAUUCAUUCAAUGCAGUGGUAUCUGACCGUGACCUCUUCAUGACCUUUCUACCCCAGUUCCAUGAGUGUGUCAAAGCUGGCAGCUACAGCAUCAUGUGCAGUUACAACAGCAUCAAUGGAGUACCUGCCUGCGCGAACACACGAUUUCUCCGCGACAUCCUCCGCAACCAGUUUGGCUUCAAAGGCUACGUGGUCAGUGAUGAGCUCGCUCUAGAAUUUAUUCUCACCAAACACCAUUACACCAACUCCACCCUGGAGACGGCUGUGGUGGCCGUGAAAGCAGGUGUCAACCUCGAACUCUCCAACAUCAUAGACGUCGUGUAUCUUAACAUUACGGAGGCCGUGGAAAAACAUUUGAUUAGUUUGGACGACGUCUUUGCAUUGGUGCGUCCGUUGUUCUACACCCGGAUGAGGCUUGGGGAGUUUGACCCACCAGCCAGGAACCCUUACACCAAGCUGCGUGCCGAGGAUGUAGUGGAAAGCAUUGCACACCAGAAUCUUGCCAUAGAGGCUGCUGUCAAGAGCUUUGUCUUGCUGAAGAACAAUGGCGUACUGCCAUUGAAAAGUAUUGGGAAGCUUGCGGUUGUUGGGCCCUUUGGAAACGAUUCCAGCCAGUUGUUCGGAGACUACGCUCCUGAUUCCCUGCCUAAAUAUAUUACCACACCUCUCCAAGGUUUGGAAAGUAUCGCUGACAUGACAAGCUUUGCGGUCGGUUGUGACAACCCCAAGUGUGCAGGAUAUAACCAGUCCAGUGUCGUGAAUGCCGUUAGUGGUGCCGAUUUUGUUGUUGUCUGUUUGGGUUCAGGCACGUCCAUUGAGAGCGAAGGUAGAGACAGGAGGAAUCUUGACCUGCCAGGCCACCAACUGCAACUUCUUCAGGAUGCUGUAAAAAGUGCUAUUGGCAAGCCAGUUGUCUUGCUGCUCUUCACUGCCGGACCAUUUGACAUUUCCUGGGCCAUCAACAACACCGCUGUCCCGGUGAUUGUACAGUGCUUCUUUCCAGCCCAAGCUACUGGUGUGGCCAUCAGGCACAUGUUUACCAACUACCAGGGUACCAACCCAGCAGGAAGGCUUCCUUACACAUGGCCAGCAUCCAUGGACCAGGUACCCCCAAUGACAAAUUACUCCAUGGUGAACCGCACCUAUCGUUACUUCAGUGGAACACCAUUCUACCAGUUUGGUUACGGACUCUCCUACACUAAGUUUCAGUACAGUCAGUUGGUUGUGAAACCAUUCCACAUCAUGCCGUGUGAUGACGUUUUUGUGAAUGUGACUUUGAAAAACGUGGGCUCAUACUCAGGGGAUGAGGUUGUGCAAGUUUACAUCAAAUGGAGCAAUGCCACUGUCCCUGUUCCUAAGAUCCAGUUGGCAGCUUUCGAGCGCAUCAACACUGCCUUCCUCCAGACUGUCUCAGUCAUCCUAUCUAUUCCGGCCCGCGUGAGAGCAGCCUACACUGACCGUUUGGUCCUUCAACCGGGAGAUUUCACCGUCUUUGCCGGUGGUCAGCAGCCUGGCCCAAGCAUUGGUGGACAGCUGAACUCCAAUGUGAUGACCGGAAGCUUCCAAGUGGACGGGUCAGAGACAUACCUCGCAAGAUGCCCAAAGUAGAUCCAGACACAGGACAGCAACUGUGUAUGACUAAAACACUGCUCUAUCAAAAAACAACAACAAUAAAAAGCCCAAAUCAGAAACUGUGUUUCCCAUACAUUAAAAGUACUCUUGCAGUGGAGCUCAUUAGUUUGAUUUCAACAGGGUUGUUUGCCCUGUUACUACAUGAUUUACAGUGUUAUUUUAGUUCACAGAUUUAUUGCUUUUCUUUUUUCUUCCAAUUUCCAGUAAAUAAUGGUUAAAGCCCUCUUAAAUUCCUGUUUUCAGCUUUUCCUCAAAUUAAGAUGCUAGUCUGUAUGAGGAUCGGACAUUAAAUUGUGCAGAGCCACACGAACAAACGUCUAGCAUGCAUUUUUUCCUAGCGUGCACAUUUUAUGCGACCCCGCGCGCCAGCCAGUCGGAGUCGACUUUAGAAAUUGUGACGGACUUUUCGAUCAGAAACAUGGAUUAAGCUGUUGAUUGGUCAAUUUGGCUGCCACGUUUUUGUAAAACAACAACGGAUUAUAGGGAGGACCCGGUAGAAGGCGCUCUUUGAAUGGUCACAAUCUGGAUGUCAAGACGCAGUCUUGUUUUGCAUUUCAUCGCCGAAAGUGCACGAAUAUCAAAGACGCUUGCAAUUCCCCAAAGCGCCUGUUCCGUAGACUACUAAGAUGUAGAAAGACAUAAACAUUCUCCGUGUAAGUAGGCAAACUGCCUUAUGAUCAUGACUUGAAACCUCUAAUAUUCACGCCACCAUAGAUGGUAAUUAUGCCACUUUCAGAGUUCUCAAUGAUCUUGGCUUUACAUGUAUAUUGAAAACAAUAUUCUAGGAUCUCGAUUUCAAUUCAACAGUUGCCGAGUCGUAUUUUGAAUUGAGCCAGAAAUCAGCAUCCGGACACGUUCUCAUUCAGCGAAUUACAGCUACGGGAUGUCGCGCACUGAACUGAACCAUUGAAUAAUAGCAGCCCCGCGCGCGCGCGUGUGCGUCAUGUAAACGCUUGCGCACGUCACCCGUACACGGAUUCGCCGAAUUACAAACCAACUACUAACAGAA